GCCUGCCUUUAUCUUCCCUUCGAAUGAACAAGAGUUCCUGCCUGGCGUGUACAAUUGGGAAUAAAUAGUCGGCAAGGCCAGUCCAAUGUAGCCUCCUGCAACCGAGAGGGCUGCGACCACAGAGAGGCUCACGAAUGAUGGACAUCGGAUCCUGGCACAGAGCAAAGAUGAUUGGAUCCAGAUGUUUACUCCUGCUGCUCUUAGCCCUGCCUGUAUCAACUCUGGGGCAAAAAGAAUUCUCUCCACCAUUUGCACGUUGUAGCCUUUUUGGAGGCGAUCACAUCAAAACCUUUGAUGAACUGCUGUAUGAUUUUGCCGGAGACUGCAGCUACCUGCUUGCUGGAGACUGUGAGAAGAGGUCUUUCCUCUUACUUGGUGACUAUCACAAUGGGAAAAGAACCAGUCUUUCUCUGUACCUUGGAGAAUAUUUUGAUAUUCAUGUAUUCUUAAAUGGCACUGUGACUCAAGGUGAAAAAAGGAUUUUGAUACCAUAUGCCUCAAAUGGAGUCUUUCUGGAAAAGGAAGCCGGGUAUUAUAAGCUGUCUGGUGAGGAAUAUGGCUUCGUGGUGAAGAUUGACACCGGCGGGAAUAUCCUUCUAAGCCUUGCAGAGAAACACUAUAAUAGGACAUGUGGACUCUGUGGGAAUUUCAACCGAUUUGCUGAAGAUGACUUCAUGACUCAGGAAGGGAUAUUGGAAGAGAACAGCUACAGUUUUGCGAACUCCUGGGCGAUGAGUAACCAGCAGAAGAAAUGCCAGCGAGUAAUGCCUCCGAGCUACACAUGCAACAUUUCCUCAGAUGCUGCAGAAAAGGACUUCAUUCAAAACUGCCAGCUGCUAAGAACUUCCUCGGUCUUCUCUAAAUGUCAUCAUCUGGUGGACCCCGAAAAGUUCAUCGGCCUCUGUGAAGAAGAUAUGUGCCGGUGUGCUCAGGACAGUAAUUGUCACUGCCCAGUUUUUCUGGAGUAUGCUAGAAACUGUGCCCAGCAAGGUGUGAUCUUGAAAGGUUGGCCAGCUAGCAGUGCCUGCAGACCAAGAUGUCCAAGUGGCUUGGAGUACCACGAGUGCACGUCCCCUUGUGCCAAGACCUGCCAGAGCCUGAAUAUCAAUGAAGUGUGCCCGGAGCAGUGCGUUGAUGGUUGCAGCUGUCCCGAGGGAAAGCUCCUAGAUGGUGACGUUUGUGUCGAUGCCCGAAAUUGCUCCUGCAUAAAUUCUGGCAAGAAAUUCCCUCCUGGCUCUUCAGUUUAUCAGGACUGCAACUCAUGUAUUUGCAGGCAUGGUGCGUGGGUCUGCAACAAUCAGCCCUGUCCAGGAGAGUGCUCCGUCUCCGGCCAAUCCCAUUUCAAAAGCUUUGACAACAAACAUUUCACCUUCAGCGGAAUCUGCCAUUACUUGUUUGCUGGAGAUUGUGAGGGGAACUCCUUUUCUGUCUUCAUUGAGACCGUCCAAUGUGCCGAUGAUCGUGAUGCUGUGUGUACCCGCUCAGUCUCCGUGCAACUCCAGGAUGAGAACCUCACUAUUAAAUUGAAACAUGGCGGUGGUGUGUCUGUGAACGGGCAGGACGUUCAGAUUCCCUUCAUACAAAAUGCUCUCCACAUCCAGCCUACGGUGCUGCCAGCUGUUCACCUCAGUUAUAAGGAGAACGUGCACCUCGACUGGGAUGGGAUGGGGACUCUUGUAAUGAAGUUAUCUUCGGAAUACACCGAACAAACGUGUGGUCUGUGCGGCAACUACAACAGCAAUCAAGGAGAUGAUUUCCUCACUCCCUCCGGGCUGGUGGAAACUCUCGUGGAAGACUUUGGAAAUUCUUGGAAGCUGAAGGGAGACUGUGAAGAUCUGCAAAAACAAGACAGCAAUUCCUGUAACCUGAAUCCCCGUUUAGCCAGGUACGCCGAGAGUUCCUGCUCGGUUCUGCUGUCACCCCUGUUUGAGCCUUGCCACCAUGAGGUGAGCCCUUCUCCCUACCUCAAGAACUGUCGCUAUGACGUCUGCUCCUGUUCGGAUGGGAAAGACUGCUUGUGCACGGCGGUCUCGGCCUACGCCAUGGCUUGCGCCCGCAAAGGAGUCCUCGUCGACUGGAGGAAGCCAGAAUUUUGCGCCAUGAGUUGUCCAGAAGGCCAACUUUACCAACAGUGUGGAAGUCCGUGCAAUCGGACCUGCCGGUCUCUCGCCCAUCCAGACACAGAUUGCAGUGAAUUUUGUACCGAGGGUUGUUUUUGCCCCUUUGGGAUGUACCUCGAUCAGCAGGGUGAUUGCGUGCCCAGAUCCCAGUGCUCUUGCUACUACGAUGGUGAGAUCUUCCAGCCAGAUGAUGUUUUCUCCGAUCACCACACCAUGUGCUAUUGUGAAAAUGGCAUCAUGCAUUGCAGCUCCCAAAGACUUCCAGGAAGUUUCCUCCCAGAUGUUCUCUUCCAAAAUCAUCGUUCUGCCAGAGCAAAACGGAGUGUCUCUUGCAAGCAUCCGAUGACCACGUUUGUCUGUCCGGCAAAUGACCCAAGAGUGAAAGGAGUGGAAUGUAUGAAGACCUGUCAGAAUUACGAUCUGGGUUGCGUCAGUCACGGAUGCAUCUCGGGUUGCCUUUGCCCGACUGGAUGGGUGCGACAUGGAAACAAAUGCAUGGUCCCUGAGAAUUGCCCCUGUUUCCACAACGGACAGGAAUAUGCACCAGGACAAACAGUGAUAAAAGACUGCAACACAUGCACCUGCCGUGCUCGAAAAUGGGAAUGCACGGAAAACGUCUGCGAUGGAAAAUGUUCUGUCAUCGGUGCCGCUCAUUAUUUGACCUUCGACGGACUGAAGUACAGGUUUCCUGGCAGUUGUCAGUAUGUGCUUGUUCAGGACUACUGUGAAGAUGAUGGGGCUGGGUCUUUUCGGAUACUCGUGGCCAAGGAAGGAUGCAGCUUUACGGGAGAGACGUGCACUCGAAGGAUCACGGUUUUGUUUGACGGGGGAGAGAUCGAGCUGCAUGGUGGAGAAAUUAAUGUCCUCACCCCUCCGAGAGAACAAGGCAACAUGGAAAUUUUGAAGUCUGGCCGCUACUAUAUUCUGAUACUGGGACGAGGGAGAAUCUCCCUGACUUGGGAUCAAAACAUGGGGAUUACAGUCAUCUUGAAAGAAAACUAUGGAGAUAAGGUCUGUGGCCUGUGCGGGAAUUUUGAUGGCGUUCCAAACAACGACCUGAGAAGCAGCCGGAAGCAGAUUGAAGUUGAUCCGAGUGACUUUGGGAAUUCUUGGAAAGUUCACUCACAGUGUGCUGAUGUCAGAAAGCUUUCCCAAGGGCAGGACUUGGCGUCAUCACUGUGCAACGGUAACGUCAUAAAACAGGUGAUGGUGGAGACGUCAUGCAGCGUCUUGAAUAGUGAUCUCUUCAAAGAAUGCAAAAAGCUGGUCGAUCCUGAGCCUUAUGUGGAGAUCUGCACAUACGACACCUGUGUUUGUGAGUCCAUUGGGGAUUGUGCCUGUUUCUGUGAUGCCAUUGCUGCUUACGCCCAUGCUUGUGCCCAGAAAGGAGCUGUGAUCAAUUGGAGGACUCCUACUCUAUGCCCACAAAGUUGUGAAAGCAUGAACAAAGUGGAGGAAGAGUAUCAAUGCGAAUGGCAAUACAACAGCUGUGGUCCUGCCUGUCCAAGGACAUGCCAGCACAUGGAUCCAAUAGCAUGUCCCGUGAAGUGUGUUGAAGGAUGCCAUCCACACUGUCCUUCAGGAAAAAUUCUUGAUGAGCUUUCUGAGUCUUGUAUCAAACUUGAAGAAUGUCCGGUGUGCGAAGUAGAAGGAGGCAGGAUUUCUCACGGGAAAAAGGUCGUUUUGAACUCGGAGAAUCCUCAGCUCUGCCGAUCCUGCCAUUGUGAAGUACGAAACCUGACAUGCCGCCCGUGUAAUCCAGAAGAGAUUGGCAAAUCCUUGACCACUGCUAGCCCAGAUGAAGAAGAGGAAGAAGAAGAGGAGGAAGAAGAGGAAGAAGAAGUCCCGCGUGAAUAUUCCUGUAGCAAAAUGAUGGACCUGGCCAUCUUAAUGGAUGGUUCCAAUAAGCUUUCCGAGAGUGAUUUUGACGAGUUGAAAAAUUUCAUAAUUAGCAUGAUGGAAAAACUCCACAUCUCUCAAAAAAGGAUCCGCUUGGCAGUGCUGGAAUACCGGACCGGAUCGCACAUUUACCUUGGCCUGAAGGAUAUUAAAAAGUCAACUAAAAUGAGGAAGAUUGUGAAAAAUAUAAAAUACACAGGCGGGGAUGUAGCCUCUGCAGCCGAGGUUCUCAAAUAUGUUGUGUUCCAUGUGUUUGGAAAGGCGCCACGGACAAACGCUGCCCAAAUAGCUGUGCUAUUUAUGGCAAGCAAGGACCCCAAGAGAAUUCAGGGGAUCUUCCCGCUUCUGAAAAGAAAGAACAUUAUUGUGAUACCCAUCGGCCUUGGGCCUCAUGCAAGCACUGAACAAAUUCGACUAAUCGAACAGCAAUCGCCAGAAAACAGAGCUUUCCUAAUGAACAACGUCCUUGAGUUGAGGCAACGUAGGGAUGAAAUCAUUGAUUACUUCUGUGGCCUUGUACCUGAAGUCAGUGAGGUUCUUUCCACCCAACGCCCAAUCCCGACUCUCCCCAGUGUGGAAGCAAAGACUCACCUUCCAGACGUAUUUUCUACGAAGACCACUAUUUCCAUCGAAAAGAUCCUUGACAUUGUCUUCUUAAUUGAAGGCUCCAGCAAAGUCGGCAAGAGCAAUUUUGACACCAUCAAAGAGUUUCUCAUCCGUACCAUCCAGGAGUUGGAAGUGGGCGAAGAAACCGUUCAGAUUAGCAUCCUCCAGUAUUCCUUCACCAUCACCGUGGAACAUUCUUUCAGGGACCGUCAAUCCAAGGAAUUCCUGAUUAAAAAGGUGCGGGAGAUGAAAUUCCAGGGAGGAAAUGCGACCAACACUGGGCAGGCUCUCAACUUUGUCUCCGAACAGUCGUUUAUCACCAACAGAAGAACAGAGCAAGUCCCACACUUGGUUUACAUGGUCACUGCAAAUCCUGCCACAGAUACCAUCACUCGCCCAUCCACGGACGUCCAUGUGAUUCCUAUCGGCAUAAGGCCUAAUGCAGAUAUCCAGGAACUCCAAGAAUUAAGCCAGCCACAGGCUCCUAUAAUCAUAGAAGGCUUUAACAACCUUAUCGAAGAAGGGCCUGACCUGGUAUUCAAAACUUGUUGCUCAAAGAAAGAAACUUGCACCAAGCCAAUGGAUGUGAUAUUUCUUCUGGAUGGAACCUCAGAAGUUGAAGAAGCUCAGUUCGAGGAAAUGAAACGUUUUGUGAAAGCAUUUAUUGAACAUGCUGACUUAGGUCAUUCUUCAACUCAAGUUGCAGUACUUCAAUAUGGAAAAGUGAACUCUUUGGAAAUUCCAUGGAACGUAGUCCAAGAAAAAGAAAAUCUCCUGAAAAAGGUGGACUCCAUUCAUCGAAGAGAGAAAGGCCCAAGCAAGCUAGGGGAAGCAAUAGACUUCGUGGUCCAGCAUGCCAUUUCCGAAGCCAACGGAGGACGACCCAAUGCAUCCAAAACGGCCGUGGUUAUUGUGGCAGGCACCUCAAAAGACGCUGUGGAAGCUGCUGGGUAUUCCGCAAGAGCCAAUAGAGUUUCACUGCUUCCCAUCGGCGUUGGCACCAAAUAUAAUGCGGAACAAUUGAAAGCUUUAGUGGGGCCAUCUGCUAAAGACACGAUCAUUAAGUUGCAACAUUUUGAAGAUCUUUCUAUGAUGAUCAUGUUGGAUGAUGAAUUUAUGAGGAAGCUUUGUACAGAAACUGCUCAAGAGUGUAUAGAUGAAGAGGGGAAUAUCAGAGCCCCUGGUGACAAGUGGCGGUUGCUGGAUCAGUGUUACAGUGUGACCUGCUUACCAGGUGGCCACACAGAACUGAAAAGCCACCGACAUCUUUGUGAGAAGAUGGCCAAGCCGACAUGUCACAACAAUUUCCCUGCUGUUAAAGUGGAGGAAACCUGCGGCUGUCGUUGGGUGUGUCCUUGUACAUGCAUGGGAAGUUCAACCAGGCACAUUGUCACCUUUGAUGGACUGGAUUUUAAGCUGACAGGCAACUGUUCCUACACCUUGUUUGAAGACAAAGAAGAAGACAUUGAAGUGAUUCUUCACAAUGGAGCAUGCAGCUCAGCCCCCAGACUCAACUGCAUGGACGCCAUUGAGGUCACACACCAGGGCUUCUCCGUGCAGCUCUAUGACAACAUGACGGUUGCUGUGAAUGGCCGGGAAGUUACACCUCCCUAUACUAAUGGUCAAGUGGAAGUCAAUAUCUACGGGACGCUAAUGCACGAACUCAAGUUUUUGCAACACAACCACACCCUUGCCUUCACUCCGAGCAACAACGAAUUCACCUUACAACUCAGCCCGAAGAGCUUUGCCUCAACAAUGUAUGGGCUUUGUGGGGUAUGUGACCAAAACAGCGAGAAUGACCUGCUCUUAAAGAACGACUCCAUUACUCGUGACGUUACUGGUUUCAUCCAGGAUUGGACGAUUCAGCAGCCGGGAAGGGUUUGCAAAGAGAGAAGGCCCGAGGUUUGCGUGGAGCACGCAAGCACGCGGUGCAGCAUCCUGCUUUCCACUCUAUUUUACGAGUGCCAUCAGGUCAUCCCUCCCAACAUAUUCUAUGCAACCUGCGAAGAAAACAAUUGCUUUGGGGAGGAAAUGUGUGAGAUCAUAGCCUCCUACGCCCAUCUUUGCAAAGUGCACGGGGUUUGCGUAGACUGGAGAACGCCAGAUUUCUGCGCCAUGAAAUGCCCAGCUUCUCUGAUAUACCAGCAUUGCCAGAAAGGUUGCACAAAGCACUGUGAGAAUGGGACCAACAUGCAAAUCUGUACAGACUAUCCCACAGAGGGCUGUUUCUGUCCGCCGGGACAGGUCAUCCUGAAUGGCACCUGCGUUCACGAAGACAUCUGCUCCCAAUGCAUCAGCGAAGAUGGAAGUCGCCAUCAGCCCUUGGAAACGUGGAUUCCUUCCACUGAGCCCUGCAAAGUCUGUAUGUGCUUGGAGAACAGGACCGUUAAUUGCGCAGAUCAGCCUUGCCCGACAGCCAAACCCAUUGACUGUGGUCCCUGUGAGAUUCCAAGACUCCAGAGGAAUUCCAAUCAGUGCUGUCCAGCCUUUGAAUGCGUCUGCGAUCUGAUCUCCUGUAAAUUGCCCCCCAUCCCUCACUGCGAAGAUGGUCUCCAACUAAUCCAGACAAAUCCUGGAGGAUGUCGACCCGAUUAUGCUUGUGUCUGCAAAAAGGAAGAAUGCGAGCCAAAGUCCACCCCAUCCUGCCCACCACACCGUAAACUGAUUUGGGUGAAGACUCAGUGCUGCGAUAAAUUUCAGUGUGUUUGUAGCUGUAACAAUUCAACGGUGACCUGCCCACCGGGUUAUCUCUCAUCGUCUGUCACCAAUGAUUGUGGCUGCACAUCUACUACAUGCAUUCCAGAUCAGGUGUGCGUCCACCGCAACAUUGUCUACCCUCUUGGCAUGACCUGGGAGGAAGGCUGUAAGGAAUGUUCCUGCACCAACAUGAAAGAUGCGGUUACAGGACUCCAAAUUACAGAAUGUCUGGAAAAAGGAUGCAGUACGACCUGCCCAGCGGGAUACAAAUACGUCAACAGAGAAGGGGCGUGCUGUGGAAAAUGUCUCAGAACCAUGUGUGAAGAUACACGUCUUUGGUCUCGAGGAGACGAAGACGUCAUUUGGCAUAACGUUGGCUCUGAAUGGACGUCUCCGACUGAUCCCUGCGUCAUCAACAAAUGUGUCCGUGUGAAUGAGGAGGUCUUUAUCCAGACUAGGAAUGUCUCGUGCCAACCGAGGGAGCCAAUCAGUUGCCCAUUUGCCACAGAGAUGCGCUGUGACCAGAGAUCCCGAUGCUGCCCUUCCUGUCGCUGUGAACCUGUGAAUGGCUGUAUCUUGAAUGGAACUAUUCUUGCGCCGGGGAAACGCAUGAUGCUGGAUGAGUGCACCACUUGCCAAUGUAACACACAGCAGGGACUGUACCUGACAUACAAAUUGAUGUGUGGGAAAAUUACUUGUGAACGGUGCCCCAAGAAUUACCGGAUGGAGAAAACCUCUGGUUCCUGCUGUGGGAAAUGUUUGCCAACUCGGUGUGACAUACAACUAAGGGAUGGAACCAUUUUAUAUCUGAAGCCGAACGAAACAAUCCAAGAUGGGUGCGACAAUCAUUUUUGCAAGGUGAACCAGAAAGGAGAUUUUAUUUGGGAGAGGAAGAUCACCGGUUGCCCUCCAUUUGAUUCCAAGAAAUGCUUAGCUGAAGGAGGUAAAGUGACGAAACUUGGCAAUACCUGCUGCGAAACAUGUGUCGAGCCAGAGUGCAGGCUAACCACAGGCAGGCUAGAAUUUGUGAAAGUAGACAACUGUGUGAAUGAAAACCAGCUGAAUCUGCACUACUGCGAGGGCAAGUGUGCAAGCAAAGCCAUUUACAACAUAACCCUGAACCGCGUUGAAGGCAUCUGCACUUGCUGCUCGGCUACCGCAACCGAUGCCAUGCACGUCCCCUUGCGUUGCGCCAAUGGCUCUCUAGUCCAUCACCAAGUGUUUAAUGCCAGAGAGUGUGAAUGCCUCUCACGGAAAUGCCAACCGUAAUCCCCUAAUGGAGAGGGGAUGCAUGUCAAGCUUUUUUCUCCAGAUGCCAGAACAUGUACAAUCUGACUGUAUUUUUUCUUUUUUUGGGGGGGUAGGGGGGUUGGUAUUGAGAGGAUUUUGAUACUGGUUUAAUCCAAGCCACGUAAGCAGCCAAGAAAGAAACUGCAUACUUGGGAUGUUUCACUUUGGACUGUUUCAGGGGUGCCGUAUUUUGAAAAAGCCGAAAGAAUUCAAAUCAUUUGAAUUGAGUAGUGCUGAGGAUGGAUAUUCCCAUCAAAGGACUUCUAUCCACACGAUGAACUGAGACAAGGUUUUCACCAUAUAGUUUUUUUUUUUUCUUAAUUUCAGUAGUUACUUUUAUGAUGAAUGAAUAAGUCUGGCUCACCUUUCGAAUCAGAGUUAUUCAGCUUCUGUUACAAGCUUCAAUAAAACAUUGGAUUAAAACCA